CUCGGAGGCCGGCAGUAUAAAUAAGACUUUGUCUUCUGAAAGCUGUGGUUUACAGACUGUCACAGCGCCUGUUAAACCAUGUACUCGCCUGAGCAACCUAAGAGGAGCUUCUUCUGCUCUAACCUCAGAGAGCGGCGUCCACAUGCCAUCCUCUUCAACAUCCUCAAUCAUAAGGAUGGCCACGCUCUAAGAGAUGACCACUGGAGUCACUCUGGUGUACACAGGUGUCACUAUGAGCAGCAGAAGCUGGUCUGCCUGAGGAGCCCAGAGGUCACCUGCCCGGCGGCAUCCGCAGUCCUACUCAAAACCGUCCACUUCAUGAAGAGCCUUCCGUCCUUCCAGCAGCUGCCCUGCAGAGACCAGCUGUCUCUGCUCCGGAGCUGCUGGGCGCCACUGUUCGUCCUGGGCCUGGCGCAGGAGCACACGCCCUUUGAGGUGACGGACGUACCUGUGGGCAGAAUCCUGCGAAAGAUCCUGCUAAACGACCAGAACAGGGACAGCGGAGGAGCCGCUGACUCUCUGCCAUCUCUUGCGGGCGUCCACAACCUGAAGUUCUGCUUAAACAAGUUCUGGAGUCUCGAGCUCUCAACCAAAGAGUACGCUUACCUGAAAGGCACAAUGCUCUUCAACCCAGAUGUAUGCAGUCUACUGAGCAGUGAGAUGAUUGAUGGUCUUCAGCAGGAAGCUCAGUGGGCGCUACAGGACCUCGUACAGACUCUUCACCCUGAUGACCCAUGCCGUUACUCCUUGAUCCUCCUCACAGCCUCAGCUCUGCACACAGUGGCUCAGAGCUUCAUCACCGAACUGUUCUUCAGGCCCAUCAUCGGCCAGAUGGACCUUCACGAGCUCCUGACGGAGAUCCUGUUCAGCUAGCGGAGCCUGGCGCGUCAUCUCCUUCCCUUACUGGACUGUUUGAUUUGUUUGGAUGGUUUGGACAGAAACUUGAACCAAGUUUGUUCUCCUGCACAGUUUCUCUUCACAGUGAAGCCAGUUGUUUAUAUUUAACUGGACAUUCAAAAUGUGGUCAUCAUUUCAUAUAGCCACCAGAUAUAGGACCCAUCAGGAAAACUAGCCAGCAGCACUAACAGUCAGGAGAAAUAAGAGUUUCCAACACUUAAUAUUCUUUUUGUCAAUUUGUUUGUAUGCACUUCAUAUUUACACACAUAACGAUAAUAGAGUUCUUUAGGCUCAUAUAUACGGUUUUGUUCAUAACAUCAUGCAUGAACUGAAAGUUUAUAAAAUAACAAAAACUAAAAGUGUCUGAAUUUUGUCUCAGAUCAAAACUAUUUUUUAUUAUUUUUAUUUUGUUUGAAAAUGUCUUUGCAUUAUGUAUGAAAAUGUCAAAAUGAGAAUAAAGUUUUGUUACG